AUGCCCAACAUUAGUCGGGCAGGGUGUCUGAAGGACCCCGAAAUUGCAGAUCUCUUCUGCAAGGAAGAUCCCGAAAAGCUUUUUGCCGACCUUCAGGAGAUUGGCCAUGGGAGCUUUGGUGCUGUAUACUUUGCGCGAGAUGUGCGAACAAACGAUGUUGUUGCCAUCAAGAAAAUGUCCUAUAGUGGAAAGCAACCAAUGGAGAAAUGGCAAGACAUCAUUAAGGAAGUUACAUUUCUUCAGAAAAUCCAACAUCCAAACAGCAUAGAAUAUAAAGGAUGUUAUCUUCGGGAGCACACUGCCUGGCUUGUGAUGGAGUAUUGUCUAGGCUCUGCUUCAGACUUAUUAGAAGUUCACAAAAAACCCCUGCAAGAAGUGGAAAUUGCUGCAAUUACCCAUGGUGCUUUGCAAGGCUUGGCCUAUCUUCAUUCCCACAACAUGAUUCACAGAGACAUAAAGGCAGGAAACGUCUUACUGACAGAGUACGGACAGGUGAAACUGGCAGAUUUUGGUUCUGCGUCUAUAGCCUGUCCUGCCAACUCUUUUGUUGGAACCCCUUAUUGGAUGGCUCCAGAGGUCAUUUUAGCAAUGGACGAGGGACAGUAUGAUGGCAAAAUAGAUAUCUGGUCUUUAGGAAUCACCUGCAUAGAAUUCGCGGAGAGAAAACCCCCUUUGUUCAAUAUGAAUGCAAUGAGUGCCUUAUACCAUAUUGCACAGAAUGAAAGUCCAACACUCCAAUCCAAUGACUGGACGGAUUAUUUCAGAAACUUUGUAGAUUCUUGCCUUCAAAAAUUUCCACAAGAUAGGCCCAACUCUGAAGAGCUCUUAAAGCAUGCAUUUGUUCAGCGAGAAAGACCUGAAUCCGUAUUAGUGGACUUGAUAAAUCGAACCAAGGAUGCAGUAAGGGAAUUGGAAUAUCUGCAGGGUCGUAAAAUGAAAAAGCUCUUGUUUCAGGAAGCUCACAACGGCCCAGCAACUGAUGUGCAAGAUGAAGAGGAGGAGUCUGAGAGUAUGGUUAACCGCACUGGUACUGUGAAUAGCAUCGGAAGCAAUCAGUCUAUUCCCAGUAUGUCAAUAAGUGCCAGCUCCCAGAGCAGCUCUGUCAACAGUCUGACAGAUGCCGGCGAUGACAAGAGCGAGUUGGAAAUGGAGGGUGACCACACUGUAAUGUCCAAUAGCUCUGUCAUACACCUCGCACAGAAUGAGGAACCUGUCACUGAAAAAGCUGAGCCUCAGACUCGACCAGCUGAUCCACAGUGUCCAACUGCACAAACUCAAAGACCAAAGAGAAACCGUGAAGACUUUGCCACUAUACGCACUGUCUCAGCUCUUACACGCCAAGAGCAUGAGCAAAAUUCUGAGCUUAGAGAGCAAAUUUUGGGCUACAAACGAAUGAGGCGACAGCACCAGAAACAGUUGAUGGCCCUAGAAAACAAGCUCAAAGCUGAGACGGACGAGCACAGACUGCGCCUUGACAAGGAACUUGAAAAUCAGAGGAACAGCUUUGCUCAGGAAAUGGAGAAACUAAUCAAGAAACACCAUGCAUCUAUUGACAAAGAUGGAAAGACUUUUAGCAAUGAUGAGAAGAAGUUCCAACAGCACAUUCAGAACCAGCAGAAGAAAGAACUUAAUAGCUUUUUGGAAUCCCAAAAACGGGAAUAUAAGCUACGCAAAGAACAACUUAAGGAGGAAUUGAAUGAAAACCAGUCAACACCAAAGAAAGAAAAACAAGAUUGGCUGUCAAAACAGAAAGAGAAUUUCCAACAUUUCCAGGCAGAAGAGGAAGCAAACUUACAACGGAGGCAGAGACAGUACUUAGAACUGGAGUGUCGCAGGUUCAAGCGGAGAAUUUUGAUUGCCCGCCACAACAUAGAACAGGAUUUAGUGCGUGAGGAGCUAAACAAGCGGCAGACACAGAAAGACUUAGAACAUGCUAUGCUUCUACGGCAUCAUGAAUCCAUGCAAGAACUGGAGUUUAGGCAGCUCAAUAAUAUCCAAAAGACCAGAGCUGACCUCAUUCGCAUGCAACACCAGACUGAGCUCACCAAUCAGCAGGAGUACAACAAAAGGAGAGAGAGAGAACUUAGACGGAAACAUGGCAUGGAAGUGCGGCAGCAGCCCAAGAGCCUUAAGUCCAAAGAGUUCCACAUCAAGAAACAAUUUCAGGAUACAUGUAAGAUACAGACGAGACAGUAUAAAGCUUUGAGGAAUCAUCUUCUGGAGACCACACCAAAGUCUGAGCACAAGGCAGUCCUCAAGCGUCUUAAACACGAACAGCAGCGCAAACUGGCCAUCUUGGCUGAGCAGUACGAACAUUCAAUCAAUGAGAUGCUUUCAACUCAAGCACUUCGCCUGGAUGAGACUCAGGAGGCUCAGUGCCAAGCUUUAAGAAUGCAGCUGCAGCAGGAGCUAGAACUGCUGAAUGCCUACCAGAGCAAAAUAAAGAUGCAGACAGACUCUCAACACGAACGGGAGAAGAAAGACCUGGAGCACAGAGUGUCCCUGCGCAGAGCCCUGCUGGAGCAGAAGAUUGAGGAAGAGAUGUUGUCUUUGAGAAAUGAGCGUUUGGAACGAAUCCGGAGUCUUCUUGAACGCCAAGCACAGGCCCUCAGCAACAGUUUUCCGGGAGCUUCGGGGAACUGGAGUCAUCAGCACCAACAGCAGUCCAGAAGUUCCCAUGGACAACACUGGGGAAGUGGUAGUUCAGGCCACUCAGCCAGCCAACACCACUAUCACACCAGGGGUGGGGGGCAACACCCAUGGGGACAUUCUUCUGGUUCUCUGGUCUCUCGUAGCAGUGGGGCAGUACAAAACAGUCCACAAGGAAUGGGCAGGAUACCUUCAGGAGGACGCAACGAUGCAGCCAUGAGCCGGAGUGCCAAAAAACAAUGGUGUCAUAAAGUCAAGCCCGGACACUUUAAGAUGCUGUGUGAGGUGCUACUCUCAUCAAUCUGGUUCAUGUUUGUCAUAUUUUGGAUGGAGACCGUAAGUGUGUGGCUAUUCCUCUCCACAUUUCAGCAGGACAGAGUAUUUCACCAGUGGAGGGAUGGCGAAAACCACAUUCAAGCGGGGAUGCAGGCCUGA